GUCUCCUUCCUCCCCUUCAGCUAAGCAUAGCAUCUCGAGCCUUCCUUCCUCUGCUUGCUUGUCCUCGCUCCCCGUUCCCAUUCCCUGCCAGCUCGCCUUCUCCUUUCUUCUUCGGAGAGAGAGAGAGAGAGAGCAGGUCAAGGCCUCGAGGGGGGCGCGACGAAAGGCGGCUGCUUUGGGCGCGCGCGCGCGCCAGAUCUGGGCCGGGUGGGGGCUCCGGCCGGCGGCGGGAGGAGGAGGAGGAGGAGGGCGGCGGCGGCGAGAUGAAGUCGUCGCUGCGGAGCCGGCAGGAGCCGCGGCGGGUCAGCAACGGCGUCAUCAUCGGCGCCAUGCUGCUGUCGCUCUGCGUCCUCAGCAUCGUCAAGGCCAGAUACUGCGCCACCCCCUUCGGCAAGGCCGAGGACCAGCUCCAGGAGCAGAUGAACGCCAGCAUCCGGAUGGAGACGGAGGAGUCGCCGGCAAGGACGCCCGGAGAGGAGGAAGAGGAUGAGGAAAAGGAGGAGGUGCUGCCCAGCACGGCGCCCGCGGUGACCAAGCCGGCCGCCGUGGCCACCCCCACCACCGGCGGCAGGGACAAGAAGGGGAAGGCGAAGCCGACGUGCUACAUGACGAGCAAGCGGUCGGAGCGGUGCGACGCGUCCGGCGACAUUCGGGUGGACGGGAACCGCUCCACCAUCUACGUCAGCGGGAUAGACCGGGAGUGGCGAACCAAGCCGUACGCGCGCUACCACGACCCCGUCGCCAUGGCCCACGUCCGCGAGUACACCCUCAAGCCGCUCGGCGACGGCGCGCCGGCGUGCACCCGGAACCACUCGGUCCCCGGCUUCCUCUUCUCCAACGGCGGGUUCUCCGGCAACCUCUACCACGACUACACCGACGUGCUGGUCCCCCUCUUCAUCAGCACUCACCAGUUCAAGCGCCGCGUCCAGUUCCUCCUCAGCGGGAUGAAGCCGUGGUGGGUGGGCAAGUUCACCCCCUUCUUCCGCCAGCUCACCCGGUUCGACGUCAUCGACGUCGACAACGACCAGGAGGUGCACUGCUUCCCCCGCAUCGUCGCUGGCGCCACCUUCCACAAGGACAUGGGAGUCGACCCGCGGCGGUCCCCGGGGCACGUCUCGGUGGUCGACUUCAAGCGCGCGCUCCGGCGGGCAUUCGGGCUCGAGCGCGAGGCGGCGUCCCGCGGCGGGGCCACGGGCGCCGGGAAGCCCCGGCUCCUCAUCAUCUCCCGCCGCGGGUCCCGGCGGUUCCUGAACGAGCGGGAGAUGGCGCGCGCCGGCGCGGAGGCCGGGUUCGAGGUGCGCGUGGCGGAGCCCGACCAGCACACGGACAUGGCGGGGUUCGCGCGGCUGGUGAACUCGGCGGACGUGAUGGUGGGGGUGCACGGCGCCGGGCUGACCAACAUGGUGUUCCUGCCCCGGGGCGCCGUGCUGAUCCAGGUGGUGCCGUUCGGCGGGCUGGAGUGGCUGACGAGCGUGACGUUCAAGGAGCCGGCGGCGGACAUGGAGGUCAGCUACAUGGACUACGAGGUGAAGCUGGAGGAGAGCUCGCUGAUCGACCAGUACCCGAGGAACCACCAGGUGCUCACCGACCCCUACGCCGUGCACAAGCAGGGGUGGGACGCGCUCAAGGCCGCGUACCUGGACAAGCAGAACAUACGGAUGGACCUGGACAGGUUCAAGAGCGCGCUGCGGGAGGCCAUGAGCAGGCUGCCAUGACCGCCGCCGAUCCAGAGGUGGGAGGAGGAGGUAGAUAGGUUGGUGUAUCUAUCACACCUGUGCCUAGCUUAUGGUCGCUCGCUUAACUUAAAUCUUCUUCUUCUUCUUCCCUGUUUUUUUUUUUGUUUUCUUUUCUGAGCUUCCUUUUUUCUAGCAAGAUUCAUUGGAUCCAUUGUUUUGUUACAUAAAAAGAGGAAUGGGAAAAUGAUGGACAAGCAAAAAAGCAAGAACGUGUCCGAACAUGUUGUAUACAUAGAGGCCAGCUCAAACCCAGCUCAAGAUGUUGAUUUGUUAAUUGCUUAAUUUAUAGAAACCCCUUUGUGAUUAUUGGCUA